AGCAAAAAGACGAAGGAAAAGGUCUGUUCGUGUCCAACUCGCCGCGCGUGGACGUAGCAGCUUCCCUGUGGUACCAGACGCGUGGCUUUUUCCACGUGCUCUGUACCUGUACCAUUUUGUGUGUCUACGUACGUAUCUCUGUGUAGAACAAUGUACUUAUAAUGUACGUAUGUUGUCUGGUGGCAGGUGAAGGGUAAGAAGGUGAAGGCAGCAGUUGAAGAAGAAGAAAUGGAAGUGGAACAGGUGGAAGUGAAGAGCAAAAAGAAGAGCAAGAAAGAAGGGAAGGCGAAGAAGACAAAGGCCCCUGGUGUCUCCCCCUCCCCCUCCCUCAGCGAAGAGGAGGAGGAGGAGAAGUCAGCUCAAGCUACGAAGAAACCGGGCAAGGUGGCGGGGAAGAAGACCACCCCGUCUGCCAAGAAACCUGUCUCUUCGAAGAAGACGACCGAAUCGGACAGUGAAAGUGAAAGCGAUUCAGACGAAGAUGACGGAAUACCAAUUCUAAAAGCAGCAACUACAAAAACACCGGAAGGAAAGAAGGCAGGAGCUACUCCAGCAAAGAAAGGCGCGGCCAAGAAGGCGGAGGACAGCGACGAGAGUGAGAGCGAAAGUGAGGAAGAAGAAGAGACGAAGCCAGCAAAGGCAAAACCAGGCGCGGGGAAGAAACAGAGCGUCACCCCUGGAAAGAAAGGCGUGGCAACUGCCGGUAAAAAGACCACACCCGGCAAAGGCACGCCGGCUAAAAAAGACGAGUCGUCCAGCGAAAGUGAAAGCGAUUCCGACGAAGAGGAUACGAAACGAGUGAAAUCCAAGUCGCCACUCGCAGCCGCUGGCAAGAAGGUGGCUACUCCGGCAAAGAAGCCAGUUGCUGGCAAGAAGACAUCGAAGGAAUCUUCAUCGAGCGAGAGCGAAUCCGAGGAGGCGGAGGUGAAGGGAGGGAGGGCGAAGGUAGUGGCAAAGGCUCUCGGGGGGAAGGCUCAGGGUGAGGAGGAAGACAGCGAGAGUGAGUCGGAGGACGAGGAGGAGGGGAAACCGGUCAAGAUGGCCACCAAAGCAGCUGCCAAGCCAGGGAAGAAGACGCAGGAAGAGGAGUCGUCUAGCGAAGAAGAAGAAGAGAAGAAACCAGCAGCAAAGAAAGCUGGGAAAAAGGUCAACGGGGAUGCUGUGUCAUCUUCAGAUGAAGAAAGUGAAGAAGAGAUGGAGGUGGAUGGCAGAAAGAGAGUGUCACCUGGAGGAGAUGACCAGCCACCCAGAACUCUGUUUGUGGGUAACCUGUCAUUUGAUGUCGAUGAGGGCACGCUGAGCGACUUUGUGACAUCACAAGGCCACACCCCCUCGGCUGUACGCAUCAUCACCAGGAACACUGGGGAGUCCAAAGGGUUUGGUUAUCUGGAGUUUGAGAGUCUCUCCCAGGCAAAAAAAGCCUUGUCGUCACUCAAUGGCCAGGAGCUGGAGGGAAGAGAGCUGAGAGUGGACGUGGCUGAGGCUAGGGGAGGCGGGGGAGGGGGAGAGAGGGGAGGGAGAGGAGGAUUUGGUGGAGGAGGGAGGGGAGGAACACCACGAGGUGGCCGUGGUGGCGGUGGCGGAGACCGAACUCCGACCGCUAGACUGUUUGUGAAGCUCUCCUACGACACGGAGCGGGAGACGCUGGAGGAGAUGUUCCCCAAUGCCACUGACGUCUUUCUCCCCCGAGACAGGGAGACAGGAGAGAAGAGGGGGUUUGGGUUCAUAUCAUUCAGUGAUGUAAGUGAAGCCACUCAGGCAAUGUCGGAUCACAACGGAACGGAUGUUGACGGAAUGUCCAUCUUCCUCCGCUACGCCGAGGAGAGAGGAGAUAGGGCGUCUGGUGGGGGAGGAGGAGGAGGAGGAGGGUGGGGGAGAGGAGGAGGGAGAGGGGGAGGGAGGGGAUUUGGCAGAGGAGAGAGAGGAUAUGGCAGAGGAGAGAGAGGAUUUGGCAGAGGAAGAGGAGGCAGAGGGAGAGGAGGGCCGUCUCCAGGGAGGGCCAGGAAUUUCGGAGCCAUUCAGGAAUUCAGAGGCUCCAAGAUGACAUUUGACGACUGAUUACAUCGCUAAAUAUAGUACACACACCUUACAUCAUGCAAGUCUGUUACCAAUAAUAGCAGUUUCUUUCAUGUGUUUAUAAGGUGAUGUAUGUAAUACUGUUGUAAAAAUUGAUAAUGUUGUAAAUUUCAUCAAAAAUAAAAUUCUAAACAG